AUGUCCAAACUAGACAAUAUCAUACCAUCAUGGGAUGACAUAAAACCUUUUAUUGAUCUAGAUUUAAAUGAAAAGAUAGCGAGAGAAUCCAAAAUAUACAGCUAUGGAAAGAGCUUCAAUGGGUUCGCUGCCAGACUUUUGCCUCACGAAGCCACCAAAAUCUCAAAUGAGGAGAGUGUGGUUUCGGUGUUUGAGAGCAGAAAGAAGAGAGUUGUGACGACAAGAUCAUGGGAUUUUUUGGGUUUAAAUCAUCGUUAUUCCAAACGUAACCCAUUAAUCGAGUCUAAUCUCAUUAUCGCCGUUUUUGAUACGGGGAUUUGGAUAGAUAGUCCUAGCUUCAGCGAUGAAGGUUAUGGUCCACCUCCCCCUAAAUGGAAGGGCAAAUGUGUCACCGGGCCCAACUUCACUGCAUGCAACAACAAAGUGAUCGGUGCCAAUUACUUCGAUCUAGCCAAAGUAAGCUCAUAUCCAGAGUUGAGCGUUGCGGACACGGAGGGCCAUGGUUCUCACACGGCGUCUACUGUGGCCGGUUCGGCGGUGGCGGGUGCAAGCUUGUACGGCCUGGCCAAAGGGACGGCGCGCGGCGGGGUGCCUUCAGCUCGGAUUGCAGUCUACAAAGUGUGCUGGAGUAUUUUCUGCAACGAAAUGGACGUUCUUGCUGCCUUCGAUGAGGCCAUCGCUGACGGCGUCGAUUUAAUUUCGGUCUCCAUAGGUUCGCCGGCGAUGGAUUUCUUCAGGGAUGGGCAGGCAAUUGGGGCUUUUCAUGCCAUGAAGAAGGGAAUUUUGACUACCGCCGCGGCCGGCAACGACGGCCCUCAAUUGUCCACCGUGGAGAAUGUGGCGCCGUGGAUUAUGACCGUCGCUGCAACGGCCAUUGAUAGAGGAUUCGUCACCUCUUUCGAACUCGGUAAUGGCAAUAAAUUGACUGGAGGUUCCAUCAACACUUUCUCUCCACAGAAACAAAUGUACUCUCUUACAAGCGGGGCCAAAGCCGCCUCCAACAAUGCCACACCCCAUCAAGGAAAUGCAAGUGCUUGUGAUCCAAAUGCUAUCAACCAAAGCAAGGUGAAGGGAAAGAUUGUAUAUUGCUUGAAAACCUAUACAGAUCCCUCCAUCAAAUCCUUAGGAGGCACUGGAGUCAUUCAACUCACUACACAACAAACCGAUUAUUCCUCUAUUUUGCUUCUUCCUGGGGCUACCAUCCCUUCUGUUUCUGGCAAAUACAUUGAUCUUUAUAUCAAUUCCACCAAGAAUCCUAAAGCUGUGAUUUACAAGAGUGAAACUGUCAAAAUUGAUGCUCCCUUUGUUGCCUCUUUCUCUUCUAGAGGGCCUCAGCGUAUCAGUAGUAACAUUCUCAAGCCUGAUCUUUCUGCACCAGGGAUAGACAUCUUGGCUGCUUAUACAAAACUAGCAACUUUGACAGGAGAUACGUCAGACAGUAGAUAUAGUUUUUUCACUGUAAUGUCAGGUACUUCCAUGGCAUGUCCUCAUGCCACGGCAGCUGCAGCGUAUGUUAAGUCAUUUCACCCUGACUGGUCUCCGGCUGCGGUCAAGUCUGCUCUCAUGACCACUGCAACUCCAAUGAAGAUCAAAUCUAAAGAUGCUAUGCUCGGCUCUGGAGCAGGACAAAUAAAUCCAACCAAGGCAGUGCAUCCGGGCCUUGUUUAUAAUAUCUCGUUUAACUCCUACAUCUCAUUCCUCUGCAAAGAAGGCUACAAUAGCACAACAAUUGGCUUACUUGGUGGUAGCAAAAAGUAUAAUUGCACCAAAAUCAAGCCUGCACAAGGAACCGAUGGUCUCAACUAUCCUACAAUGCACAAACAGCUCUCAGGUCCUAGUUCUACCAUUGAGGCGGUCUUUUAUCGAACAGUAACUCAUGUCGGGUAUGGUGCAUCGUUGUACAGGGCAAAUAUAUCAUCCCCAGCUAGCCUAUCUGUCAAAGUCUUUCCAGACACCCUAAAUUUUGUUAAGUUACAUGAAACAAAGACGUUUAAAGUUGUAGUGAAGGGCAAACCUAUGCCAAAAGGAACACAGAUUCUAUCAGCUUUACUUGAAUGGACCGACUCUAAACACAUAGUUAGAAGCAAUAUCCUUAUCUACAGGAAACUGAUCUAAGUUUUGACAUGCUUUUUGGUAGAAAACUAGAUGAUCAGCUGCAAGUUUUGUUUUUGUAUUGACAUCACGGUUGGUUUUCCUUGUAUAUAAUGAUUAAUGAAUUUGUCCUCUUCAUUCA